CUAUAGAUUAUUAACUUUAUUCACUUUGGAACUUGGAGUGAACCUACCUGGACGGUCACGACAGAAUGGCAUCCCACAAGCGGAAGGUCGUUUACUUCUUUCUUCUAGCUGCCACACUUUCAAUCAUCGCAGGUGCUUCAGCCAAUCCCGUAAGUUUGGAAGAUGCAGAAUCAUCGCUCAAUCAAGAUUUGGAAUUACAAGAUGAACAACGAUGGGAAAAUAAAUCGGAAUUUGAAACACCUAACGAAUCAUCUACUGACGAAGAACGACUACAACGACAGCAAAAGCACCCAUUUUGGCACAGAGUCGGCAUGAACAUCAAACAUUUUAUAAAUGGGUUUAGAGAAGGUUGAUCGACACGCGCUAAUAAAGUUGCUGCCUUUUCCAUGUUGCAUAACGUUUCCAUUGAGUUAAUCCGAGUAUCUGUUGAACACACAAAUUAAAUUCUCGUCUUCCUUCAUUUAUCCCAAGACAUUUUGUCAUUAAUAUCACUAUUUGUUUAACAACCUAUCAAAUAAAAUGGAAUUCAAAUGUG